GGAAACGAAACCCGCCGUCCAGCCGAGCACCGCGCUGGAGAUCCGAGGCGAGGCGGAGCAGCAUGUAGCCGCGGAGGGUGCGCCAUGUUCCCCGGAGUUCUGUACGCCCUGCUGGCGGGCUUCCUGGGCGCCGUGGCCUCGUCCUCCGCCAAGCUGUCUCUGGGCGCGGAUUACCUGAAGGGCGUGUGUGAGACGGGGCUGCGGAGCUGGAGCGAACCGCGGAGGUUCACACAGGCCAACGAGACCACCGCCUGCGACCGGCUGCACAUCCCCCUGCGUCUUCUCUGCGGCGGGCUGCUGUUCACCUGCAACGCUGUGAUGUGGACGUUCCUGUCGAAGGCCCUCAGGUACUCCUCUUCUUCCACCCGGACCACUGUGACCACCACCGCCUCCAACUUCAUCUCCUCUGCCUUCCUCGGGCAGCUGAUUUUCGGGGACAGUCACAUCGCCCUGUGGUGGGUGGGAGUUUCUCUCACUCUGUCUGGUCUCCUGGUGCUACAGCGCGCUUCCCCCCACGACGCGCAGCCCGACGGCGCCAAAACAAGGACGAGCGAGUCGGCGAGAGGACCGGAGAGAGCUGACAGAACAGCGUGAUGACCAACAGCACCUUCGACCCGCAGUGAAGAACAGUAAUGCACUGAAUUUACCUGCAUCCACACGCAACAUACAUCACGUAUCACAGCAGCACAGGUUCUGCCGGGAGUAAGGAAACGGACAGAACCGUGUUGAUGUACUUCACUCGUGUGGAAACGAUGCGUUUUAACCAAGUACAUUCAGUGCAGAACUCUUCUUCAGGGCACAGUGGUGCAUUAUUAUAUUCCAUUACCACAAACCAUAUUUACCGGAUCAGCUCACAAACGUACAGAAGCGAGCGCAACUACAGAUUAUUCUGGCAUUACUAAACUACUGCUUGCCUCUC